AGGAAGGGGACGAGGCGGGUGAGGGAGCUGUGGUGGCAGGGACUUCCUCCCAGCGUCAGAGGUCGAGUGUGGAGUCUCGCCAUCUGCAACGAGCUGAACAUCACGGCCGAGCUGUACGAGAUCUUUCUGUCCAGAGCCAAAGAGAAGUGGAGGAGCUACAGCGAGACCAGUUCAGUGAACGACAGUGAGAGUGAUGGAGGAGCGUCUCUGGCCGACAGAGAGUCCAGUCUGGACCUCAUCAAACUGGACAUUUCCAGAACGUUCCCCUCCCUCUUCAUCUUCCAGAAGGGCGGACCCUACCACGACCUCCUCCACAGUGUCCUCGGAGCUUACACCUGUUACAGACCCGACAUCGGCUACGUUCAGGGGAUGUCGUUCAUCGCUGCAGUUCUGAUCCUCAACCUGGAGGAGGCGGAAGCCUUCAUCACCUUCGCCAACCUGCUCAAUAAACCCUGUCAGAUGGCGUUCUUCAGGGUCGACCACGAGCUGAUGUUGAAGUACUUUGCAGCGUUCGAGGUUUUCUUUGAGGAGAAUCUUCCUCGUCUCUUCAGCCACUUCCAGGCGAACAGCCUGACCCCUGACCUCUAUCUCAUCGACUGGAUCUUCACGCUGUACAGUAAGUCCCUCCCCCUGGACGUGGCGUGUCGAGUGUGGGACGUCUUCUGUCGGGACGGGGAGGAGAGCUUGUUUCGGACGGGGCUGGGUAUCCUGCGUCUGUACGAGGAGGUCCUGCUGCAGAUGGACUUCAUCCACAUCGCUCAGUUCCUCACUCGCCUCCCAGAAGACCUGCAGUCGCACACGCUCUUCAGCGCCAUGGCCAACACGCACAUGAUCAGCAGAAACCGCCGCUGGGCUCAGGUGUUUUCUGCUUUGACGAAGGACGGAAUCAAAGAGGUGGAUAAGAACACCAGCCCGGCGCUGAGGAGUUAACGCUCACAGACCUCGAUGCUGCUGUGGAGGAGGAUGAAGCUGGCGUCAGUCGGCCGUGAGCUUCAGAGCCAGACGUCGGCUCGUCCUGUCGCCGCUGAAGCUGGAAGCUCAACUCUUCACUCCGAAGCUUGAAGCAAAAACACGAGGCGGGAGCGAAGGUGGAGGUCGGAGGAGCCGUCAGCUUGAGCGUCCAGGUGGGUGAAGGAAGAGCGGCCCCCAGGAGUCGCAGGGCCCCGAGCGGUCGGUUCGAAUCUCCACAGCCGUCGUCAGUAUUUCACGUAGAGGUUUAGUUUGAUGAAGCAGCAGAUUCUCAAAGGCGGAGAAAUCAAACAGACUUUCAGCCGCUGGCCGGGUGCAAACACUUGAUCCUGGCCUGUGAUUGGUUGAGCCAGUAUUUCACCGGUUGAUCCUCAGACUCCAGCUCUGAUGUCGGUGCUAAUCCUUUUCUGAGGCUUCGACUCGUCUGUGGUUUAAUUAUUAACUUCUGUCCUCGUGGAUUUUUAUUUCACACUGUUGUUUCAUUUGCUGCUUUUAUUUUUAGCUCUAACCAGAAAAUUCACGAGGCUCCAACUUUAAACCGUAACUUUUUAAAUCUCUUGACAAAUAGAAAAUAACAUGGGAAGAAUCUUAAAGACAUUUUGUACAUCGUAGAUUUUCCAAAUCACAAUCGAAGAACACGUCAAGUCAACGAUCGUCAUCGAGUAAACAACAAAAUAUAAUCACAUCCUUUUUUACAGGAAACGAACGAACACGUUUUUCCUCUUUGAACUAAACCUUCAGAAAUCUUCUCCUGUAAAAAGCAGAUGAAUCAAAUAUGAAAAUAGUUUCAGUUAUUUGUUGUUGGAGCCAAAACAUUGAGUCAUUAACUGAAAAUGAAACAUUACAAACUGUUUGUGUGGCAUCGAGACGCACACAUGUUAAUAUUAUCACCACGGCAACAACGAGCAACACUAGAAAUCCUGAAAUUCAUGAAUGAAUCUAGAUUAUAAUCUCAGACACAGGACGCCCCCUGCAGGCCUGUCUGUGUUUAACACUCCUGAUUUAAACACUAUUAAAUGUAGUUCAUCCCUACCACUACACACACACACACACACACACACACACACACA